UUUACAUACAGGGGAGGAAAGAAAGGCGCGGAGAAAGAAGCCGUUUGAACUAAUCCCUUUUUCACGGCUUUUGCACUCUUAAACCUCCGUGGGAUAUACGACGCGCCACGGAAGACUGUGCGGCGGGAGGAAUAGCCGCCGUUCUCUUGGCAACGUGAAAGCCCUUGAGGUGCCGCCCCCCCUCUUUCGGUGGGAGCGGUUGGACGCGGCCGGCGCGCGUCAUCCAUUGUUUACAAACCAACCGCAGCACCAACCACAGCGCUGGAGAAGGCAGGGAGCGUGCUGGGAGACGGCUCGCUUGGCAGUUGCGAGCGGCGUCGCUGCGGUGGCCGCCCCAGAAACAGCCACGCGGGCCAAGCGAAGGGGAAAGCGGGCAGGAGAGCAGCGGCGAUGCCUUGCCGGCGGCCGGGCGGAGAACGCUUCCUAUUCCUGGAGCGCGCCGCCGUCUCUUUGCAGAGCGGUGCUGGGACAGCCGGCAGCGGCUCCAAAGAAGUGGACGCCUUGGUGGCCAAGCUGGGCGAGGUGCUGCAGUUGAGCUCCCAGCACCGGACGCCGGCGGCACCCCGCCUCCUCCCGAGGCACCACGGCCGGGACCGAGUGGCUCCAUACUCGUCCCCGAGAAGCCUCGGCUUCAUAGCUUCGCUACACCACCGCCACCCGCCGUCACACCAUCGCCAAUCGCCCUCGCUGCUCCUUUGGCCGCCGCCGCCGCCCCCUCCGCCGCCGCCCACUGCGGACCAGAAGGGCAGCCCGCGAGUCUCCAAGCAGCUGUGCGGCCGGGGCUGGUUGCGGAGCUCCGCUCGAGCCGGGAGAAAGCAGCCCCGUCGCCACCACCACCGCUACAGCUCGCUGCUGCCUGCCGGCGACGACGACGACGACGAGGAGGAGGACGGCGACCCUCACCGCCUCCUGCAGCAGCUCAUCCUCUCCGGCAACCUCAUCAAGGAGGCGGUGCGGAGGUUGCAGUUGGCUGCUUCGACGGCGGCCGAGACUUCUUCCACCACGGGCUCCCCGGGGUCCGUUUCGUCCGCCGGGAGCUGUUGCCGCUGCAGUAGCAGCGACGGAGACGCGGGCUCAGCCUUCCCCGUCGCCUCUUUGCAAGCUUUGCCCUAACCCCGCCGGGGUGGGU